CCCGCGCUAUCUGCCAUCUUUGUUUUGAGAGAGAGGAUUAAUCCGUUACAACUUCCUUCGUUGCCCCUUGUCAAGUGAGGAAGUAGUGGGGCAACAUGCCAAAAUUUUUACGUCUAGUUGUUGUUGGAGGUAGUUGUGUCGGCAAAACGGCAGUGAUCGAGCAAGCUGUGUUUGGAAAUCACUCUCCGGGCCAAGUAAGAGAGCAUUUUAAAAUUUUUAACAAGCUCUGCAGCUGUUGGUCAAAAUGAUUUAUUUUAUAGCGCGCAGUAGAAAUGAGAACACCUGCUAUAGAGCUAAGACACUAGAGGAAGAUGUUAAUCCUUUCAGUGGGCGUUAAAGUGGGGAGGGAGUGAGGGAUAUGUGUACGUAUUAUUCAGCACCAAGGGAACAAGGAGUGAUAUAUGUUUUAGAUGAAGGAUCAAACGCUGUCUUUUUACUCUUCCUCUUAGGGGCUAAGUAUUUUCUCUUGAAUUACCUUUGUCAUUAUUGAAUAUACUGGGGCUGCUGAGUAGUGAGGCUACUUAACUGCACCUCAUGAUCUAGACACCCCAUGAAUGUCCAAGAAUAUUAUAGUAAUGUGUUAUUUUUAAUUAGAUCAAUACAGAGGAAUUUGAUUGUAAAUGAAGAUGAAAAACCAACGAGCUGCACCUCUGCAAAGAGUAACCUUUUCUUAAAUGUUCAACAAAUUAGGGUGAUAAUUAGCUAUUUCCCCUUUGUUAUGCAUAAAUUAAAAAUCUAUGCUAAAAAAAGUACAACUUGACAUAUUGUCAGAACUUUAAAAUAGAGCGGUUUUCCGCGGAGAUGUUUUGUUCAAUUUCUCUUGUUAUUGUUCUCAUUAAAUAUGAAGCCAAUGUUUCAUACUAUUGAAGACAUUUAUGAAGUACAGUUGGAUACUGAGCGAGGAGUAAAAGAAAGAGUACGAAUUUUUGAUACUGCUGGUGUGGUGAGUUAUAAGUAUGAAUUUUUCAGUAUAUAUGUAGUGUUACUUUUCUUGGUUCAAUGAGUUCACCCUUUAACUCCCACGAGUAACCAAGACAGAAUUUCUCCUUACAGUACCAAUACAAUAUCAACCAGAUAAGUAAUGUGAAUAAAGAAAAAUAUCAAUUUGGGGAUAAUUAGUCAAUCCAAUAUUAAAUUCUCUGAACUAAUAUUAUAAGAAUUGUAUGGUUGACAGUAAGAAGAAUUAAAAAUUUGAUCUGGGACUUAAGGGUUAAAAGAAAGGAUGGAAACUUCACUCCUAGGCACAUUUGUUGCACUACUUUUUUUUUAUUAUUAUAUCUCUCCAUCCAUAAUAUAAAAGAUUUCUUGGAAUUGCAAGUAUGAUUUUCAUUAGAAGAAAUAUAUAUACCAGAAAAAGAGAAAAUACAAUACAAAACAUAAUAAGAAUGAAGAAGGGCUUGGUAUAGUUAAAACUAAUUAGUGCCUUUUUCAAGUGUAAUUAACAGAGUUUAUUUACUCAUUUUAAUAUUAAAAAAGAUUAUGUGUAUAUAUAUAUAUAUAUAAAUUACUUAUAGAAAAAAAAACAAAUGCACAAAUGACACAUGCACACAUAAUUUAUGAUGACUGCAAUCAAGUGAGGUUGUUAAUAUUGAACAAAUAAUAUUUAUAAAGUGCCUUUUUGAAAAAAGUUUUGGAAAGAAGAUUUGAAUGUAAAGGGACACUUACUGCCUCUCCUGCCCCUUUCAGCGUUGGUCUGCAAGGCGGCACAGAAAAAUUGACAAUUUUAUUUGUCAAUUUGUGAAAACAACAAUUUGUUAAAACAACAGUGGAAGGGGGGGGUGGUGGGGGAAGAACAUCAUAAACAAUGUGUUGGAAAAAGGUGCUAACUAAUUAUAUCCAGGAGUGCAGCUCUUGUCCAAUUCCUGAAUUCUUUAGACCUGGAUAUAAAGAUGACAGGGAUGUGUCCAAUACGUAAGAAUUAUACUCUCAGGGAAAUAAUUUUGUUGUCUUGACUGUUAUUUUAUCAGUUUUGGUCUGAAUUGGAGAUGCCUUGUUACCUCCCUCAAAUUAAAACUAUUAUUUGAUUGUAUAACUGAUCAAGAAAUAUUAGCAUUUGUAAGUUUAUCCCUUUCUAUAAAACUCAAAACUUGCCUGAACUAGAGUCAGUUUGUUGCCCAUACCCGUAAAAAAUGGAGCUUUUGGUGAUCUCUGAGUAAUUCAGUUGACCACCAGAGCUGAUUAAAAGGAGUAUCCUCUGUUAUGAAAUUAUAGGAGUUUUGCAGUACAACAUUUUUCCCAUAAAUAUACAUAUGCAUGUAUAGUGUGUACCAAAAAUAAUGGUAUUUGCUUACUUUGUUAUGUGUUCAUUAAUUCUUUGACAGGAUUCAAGCAAUGGGGAGCUUUCUAAACACUACUUCAGUUUAGCAGAUGUAAGCAUGUGUACAUAAUGAUCAAAGCUCUUUUUGACACCCUUUUUGUUUGAAUUAUACAAUAUUUGCAAAACAAAAACUUUCUGUUUUGCAGGGAUUUCUUCUUGUCUUUAGUGUAACUUCAAAGAAGUCAUUUCAGCAGGUCCAAGCCAUCAAGAAAGAAAUUGAGAAAAGUAGAGGAAAAGAUGUAGGUUAACAUAUUUCAUCAUGUCCAAAAUGAGAAUGAUUAUCAUAUGAACUUACCGCCUUAACAUGUGGUGGCAUAAGCAUGGCUUGAAAAAAGCAGCAUUGUCAAGCCCAUUGAACUGUGCUUGGUUAGCUCAUGUUGUAGAGUGCUGGAAAGCCUUGGGGGAGGGUGAGGGUUCAAUUCCCUGAUAGGACCAAUACUCAGGGUCUUUAAAUAACUGAAGAGAACAUGCUGCCUUUACCGUGACAUCUGCAAAUGAUUAGAUAUUCUAGUCUUGUCGGAUGAGGAUGAUAAACCGUAGGCCUUGUCUCCUGCAUCUUCUCUGUACUGGUUAGCAUGGGAUGUUAUAGAGAGUAAAGAAUGUAGCUCUCUGCAUUGAGAUCUGGCCUUGUUAUUGUUUAUACAUUUUAAAGAUCCUCCAUAAGUAUUUUCUAGAUAGAAAGAGGUGGAACAGUAAAGGAAAGAAGAACAAAAAGAAAAACUGCAUUUUGUUUUUACAGUGGUCAAUUGUCAAGACAUUGUACAUUGUAUUUCUGACCAGAUGAUUACUAAUGUACUAAGAUCUUUGUUUACAGUUUCCAGUGAUUGUAAUAGCAACAAAAACUGAUGUAAAGGGUGAACGAGAGUGUGAAUUUGCGGCCAUGAAAAAGUGGGCUGAGGCAGAAAGAGGUAAUCUAAACUGAUUGUUGUUUCCUGCUUUGUUCUUACUUAUUUUUUGUAAGUUGUUUAAGUGUAAUAAUAAUUGUUCUUUGCAGAAGGCUGACUUUGAAUUCUUUCAGCAUCAGUGUUUAUCUUUCUUUCAGUACGUCUAACAGAAGUUUGUGUUGGUGACAGGAAAGCACUACAGGAUCCCUUUGUGCAAAUAACUACAAGAAUGGUAUCUAGUCUUGGUAGGCCAGCAAUACAUGUAGAUUUCUAGUUUAGUAGGAUAAGUUUACUGGUAUAUUGAAUUUUUUACACUUGAUUGAUUGGCUUAAUGGCAAGCAUAAAUAAAUGGGGGUUUUGUAGCUUUCUAAAAUGCCUAGCUGUAGGGAAAGGCCUAGACUGCUAUAAGUUACCUGGAGUGGUUAGUGAGAUUGAAGUGUCCAUAAACUGGGUAACUUUGGGUCAGGUUUGAGCUUUGGCCAUGGUCAUUGUGGUGUGAUUUUGGGAAAGACACUUUGCUCUUACUCCUCUGUCUGCUCAAAAGCAAUUAAUGUAGGUACCAAGGAAUUUGGUCAGAAAAUCCUGGUGAAUUUAAUGGAGGAAUGGGUUGGAUACAGUGGUGGUUCAGUUGGUUCCGUUGAGCUCUCCAUAUCAUCCCUCAAAGCACUGGAAAUCAUGUUGCCAAAGACCUAAUUUUCAAAAUCUCCUUGAGGGGUUUGCACCCAAACUCCUCUCUGAAUCCUACUUGACUAAAUCCUAGAUCCACCCUAGGAGUUAGUCUGUAAUGGCUAGCAUCCUCACAUUGGGGUGUUGCAAAAGUCAUUGUUGUUUCCUGGUGUAGAAACAGCAGUCAUUUCAUUGGUUAUUUUGCCAUUUUGAUUAUGUAAGUAUAUUUUAGACUUGCCAGACUACUUUAACAGUACAUUUAGAUUAUGUUUAAUGUCUCAUUUUAGGAAAGGGUUAUCUUCAGUCUGGUCACUCUGAGGUAAAGAGAUUUCUCUCCAUGCGGAAAACCAGUAAAACAAUGUCAGUAUCCAAAGACUCUGGUUUGGAUUUCACAAAGGAGUAGCAGCACACUGCAAUACAGCUGUACAAUAAAUUGUAAGUAAUGAGAUACACAUAUACAGACAUUGAGUAAAACGGAGAAUUUAUAAAAGAUGAAGUUAUAAUAUAUCACCAAAUCUUUGCAGACUUUAGUGAGUUUGACUUUUUGGACUUAAUGUCAGAUUUGUUGAAUUUGAUGUCGUUUCUUGGAGUAAGAAUGCUUUGGGAACCUUGGGUUUCAACAACGACAAUGAUCCAAGUCGAGUUUCCAGUUCAACCGUGUGGGCUUAUUGCUGGAAUUUCCCUGCAUUAUAUAGCAGGCUGUACGGUUGUAGUUCCUUCACUCAGCAAACUCAAUCACGUCUACAAGUUAGUCACUUCAACAGAGUAAAAGUUGCUCAUUGUUCAGUCAGUGGCCACUGUAGUAGGUGUGGAAGUGAUGAAAGAAACUGAAGUCUUGAUUGCUAAGAAGACACAGACCUGUGUGGCUGAGUAUGGAGAAGAAUAGUUGAAACACUAGCUACAGAUUCUAGAACCUCUUCCUUUUGUCAUCCUCUUUCACAAUCACAUUUCACACUUCCUUUUGCGUUGUCACUUAAACUCCCUUGCUGUCUUUUGCAGCACAUAAUUAAUGUGUGAUGAUGACCUUUCCCAUAGCUGCUAAAAGUUGCAUUUUUUACCCAUACUUUAUGAUAUUUCUCAGUAAGUAGUUGUGCUAUUGUAGGGCAAUUUAGCGGCCUGCAAAAUCCUAAGUUUGUUUGAAUUGAUGUGUUCCCCCUCUAUUUAAACCCAGAGAUACAUGUAUGAUGAAUAUCUUACUAACCUCGUUUUCUGUAACUGUAAGUUACAUAACCUCGAAAAACUCGGUCCGUAACUUAUGGAACGAACCUCGAGCUCGGUUAGUUAGAGGUAUCAUAAUGACGUUAUUCUGGGGUAGUAACAGCUGCGAUUACAUUUUGCAGGGUACAACGUCCAUAACUCCUAAAGCUGGGCGUUAAAACAUGAACGGACAGAGUUUAUAUUCCUCUUCACCGAGGACCUAACUCUUGGAUACCCAUUGAACAGUGAGCGAUACAGUAAGCAUGGUUUAUGAUCAGGAAAUUGGAUUGUUUUUCGAUAAGUUGAGUCAUCGAUGGAAAAAAAGAUUUUAAGGAAGGUCCGAGCUCAAGUAUCCAAGCAACAAACCAAGAUUCGGAAUUUUUGAAGUAUUUGGCGAUUUCGAUGUUUUUUUUAUGGCGAACCUUAAGCUUGAAGAUUUUUUUAAUUUUGGCUAAGUGCUCUGAAAAUGUCAGCACAUUUUUGGACAGCUUAUUUUCCUAAAUAGUGAGCUAGACUGACUAAAAAUGAAUUCUAGUCGUGCUAAAGAGAUGAAUGUAAUUAAAUGAUAAAAUGUAGACGACAUGAAAACAUAAAACGACGACUCGAAAGCUUUCGAAUUCGCCUCAUGUAAUGGAACUUAAUUAGUGUUGUUGUGAAGCGGUAAAUCCAAGGCAAUUAUUAAAUCCACUGAAAAGCAAUUUGACUCAAUUGAUUUUCGAUUGGUAAAGUUAAACACGAACCUUUUUGGAUUGACUAUUACGUCAUUUCUGUUCUUAACGUAAUUGACAUUACAGAAUCGUGCAACUAGGUGAUGCAAACGUCUGUCGACGAAAACUUUUUGGCUAGAAAGGAAAUUUCCGCGACAUGUACGCGAAUUUUCGAGGUGGUCCGAACUUUCGCGGAAUAAUUCAUUUGAGCCAUAAGUGACUCCCGAAUUCCGAGAGAAAGUUCGCCGCUCCCGGAAAUUUGCGGUUCCAAUUGAGCUGCACAGACAGAGAAUCAUAACAACUGGCAAAUUAGCAAGUUAUAUCGCUCCAAUUAAGCGGUAAUUAGCCAAAACAAUGCACAGCUUAAGUUGUUUUGAUGCUCAAGUUUCAAAAGAGUGUGCUUGGCUUAAAAUCUCGACACAAAUUGCGACAUCAGAUACAGAUACAGAUCUGUCGACAUUCUCCUGGCUGUGAAUUCAGUAUCAGCAACAUGCCAUUUUGUCGCAUCGGCCACUCAAGAAAAGUGCAUCAUCGCUUGUUUUUUGAUCGUAAGGAAUCGAAUUCAGGCUGGAAAUCUUUUGAACAAACAGCAAUGUUCCAGGCAAAGCGAGUUGAUUCAACAUCACGUUUCCCUGACGAGAACAUGAGAAAGGCACUCGACAGCGUCUCACCGAAUGGCCUGUGUUUUUAUUCUGGAAAGGACAGCGUGAUUAGUAGAGAAAAAAUGCAGCAGGCGACUCGCCAAAAAAGCAGCGUUGACUACGACGGGAAAUGGCAGAGAAAACAGCGCACCCCCGAAGAGCUGGAAAUCCGAAAAAGGAACAUUGAACAGAUUUUGAAACGCAGGCGAAAUGGAAUAUGUAGUGAAGUAGAGAGAAGCUGGUUUAUACAAGGAGCGUAUUUGGAAAAACAUCGUCAUAAUCUGAAAGUGACUCAGGACUUGAUAAGUAGGGGCUUUUUGUAUCCGUGAUGUUGAUCUGUAUAUUUGCUCCAUUUGUUUGCCGUAUUAUUUCGCCAUGUUUUUUAUGGUUAAAAAAAUUCUUUACAAAAAAAUUGAAGUUUUAGCAUUGAAAACUGAAAUAUUUCUUGAUGAAUUAUUAAGUAGCAAUUACUCAGUUUGUAAAUAGAGUGU